AUGGCGUCAGCUAUUUCCGCCGCCGCUAGCUCUAUAAUCACAUUCAGCCACAGUCGCACCGUCGCGGUGGUUUCGCGCGCGGAUUCCCGCCAUUCUUCCAUGAUAUCCGCUCGUGGUGCUACAUCCGCGCGGCUACAGCCCUACACCCCCCAAGUGGGCCGCCCGGGCUACAGCGAGAGCCUUUCCAGCCGGCAAUUCACCCUGCGCCGGUCGCUCGCGGAGCGGAAAGCAUUCCGCGGAAUUGCAGCCUCGCGCGGAACAGUCUCCGCAAGGAAGGCUGUUAUGGUUUCCGCCAUCCGCGGCGGCGGCGGCGGAGGCGGCGGCGGAAGCGGAGGGGACGACGUGACGGAAUGGUGGGAGCGCGAGGAGAGGCGCUGGGAGCGCGAGCAGCAGCGGUGGGAGCGGGAAGAGCUGCGGUGGGAGCGCGAGGAAGCGCGGUGGGCGCGCGAGCGCGCUUCCCUCGAAGCGGAGAUCGCGGCGCUCGAAGCGGAAGUGGAAUCUCUCCGCGCCGCGCUCACAAGCGCGGGGGGAGGGGGGCUGGCGCAGAGCCCCACCCCCCUCCUCCCCCAGGCGCAGGCGCAGCUGGCGGAAGCGGUAGGCGGGGAAAUAGGCGGAGGAUUAGGGGGAGCCGGGGGAGUGGGGAGUGAUCUAUCGAAGCAGCAGCUGCUGGUGCUGCUGCGGGGACUAACGCACCUGCUACAGAUAACUACGGAUAGCCACCGAGCCAGCGAGGUAGCCACGUCAGCAGCAAUUCCCACGUCAUCAGGAGUGAUUGCUGGCGCAGGUGCGGAGAGCCUGCUACAGCUGUUGGGGCCAACGGCUUCAUCUACGGGUAGUGCUACAGCUGGAGGAGCUACAGCCGUUGAUGGUGUUAGAUCUACGGCUGGUGUUGCAGGAGCAACUGCAGAGGAAAUUUUGAGGAACGUUCCCGAUGCUGACAUCAUCGCGGCUGUGGCGUCGCGCACAGUGAACCCGCUCCCUGCUGACGUGGACGAGGGCGGCGCUGACGUGGCAGGGGGCGCAGGGAAGCAGGAGGAAGGCGCGAGAAAAGUUCAGCGGAAGCUGAAUCGGGGGCUGUAUGGUGAUGACGUGGCUCAACUGCAGGCUGCGUUGGCCAUUCAGGGGUUCAAGUGUGGGGAGGAGGAGGAGGAGGAGGAGGAGGAGGAGGAGGAGGAGGAGGAGGAGGAGGAGGAGGAGGAGGAGGAGGAGGAGGAGGAGGAGGAGGAGGAGGAGGAGGAGGAGGAGGAGGAGGAGGAGGAGGAUGGGUCCUUUGGGGUUCUACUGUGGGGAGGAGGACGAGGAGGAUGA